GACUAGUGUUCUUUUUCUUAUUUUUAAUUUACGGAAAAAGAAGUUUUGGGUUAUGAAUAACUGUUAAUUAAUCCAGGAAAAUAAGGUAAGUGCACGAAGAAACAUGAUCUAAUUCACAUUUUGUAAGAUUGUUUAAAUCCCUGUUCAGUAAGUAUAAAGCAAUUUCCGUGAUUCUGAUUUUGUAAAAGUCGAUAGAACAGAACCGGGGCAUAUAGUAAACACAUGGCGGUAUGUCUAUUAGCACAGACAAAUCAAUCCCAUCAUUAAUUUGACUAAUCAAUACGUAUUGCCAUUUCAGUUCAUUUCCCACUGAGUUUCCUUUCCCCGAGGAAUCAGAAAAGUGUUCAACUAUUAGCAUUAUAUUACGCCUUGGCAAUUUGGCAUUGUAGUACGAUGCUUGCUCUUAGAUUUCUCCGUCAGCCCACAAUUCACCUUUGUUGUGUGAGAAGAAAGAGCUCUUAGGAGUAGCAAUUACCAAGCCCUUUCAUUUCUUUCUACCUUCUGCUAUCACAUUGCUCCUUUACUGUCAAGGAAGCAGCGGGAUGGCUAACACCACCCAUUCCAGACGCCGCAAUCUUGUAAUCAGCGAUGCACCGCACUUUUUCAAAGUUGUCUUUUUCCCCAUCAACAGAGGCAUGAAAAUUCCAACAGCGUUUAUGAGGAGAUAUGGGGAUAAUUUGAAGAAAAUGGUGUGGUUGAAGGUUCCAACUGGAGCUUCAUGGCCUGUAGAAUUGCUUCACAGUGACGAGGGAACUUGGCUACAUAAAGGCUGGCAGGAAUUUGCAGAAUACUAUUCCAUUGAAAGAUUCCAUUUCUUGGUUUUCCGAUAUGAUGGAAGUUCCCGGUUCCAUGUCGUAAUUUUUAAUACAGCAGCUUCGGAAAUAGAGUAUCCAAUGGAAUCCGGCCACCACGGUAUGCAUGAUCGUCAGGGCCAGCUGCCAAGGAGGACAAGCCUGGUGCGGAAGCCGGAAGAGAUUUAUUCGGAUGAUGAUGAUGAUGAUGAAUCUAUUGAAAUUGUGGAGGAGAUUUCUGCACCAUGCAAGGGUAAAAAGCGGGGAAGAAAGUCAGAAAACACCCAUCAGAUUGGAAGGGAUGAUGGAUUUGUGCAUGGUCUUCAAUUCGGAGGGAGGAUAAAAGCCAGAGGCCGCUCUGCGUUAAAGAAAAGUACUUCUAUAGCUUAUCAAAGAGCAAAAGCUUUCAAAUCGAAGUGCCCAUUCUUUAUUGUUUUCAUGCAGCCAAGUUAUGUUUCCGGUUCAUUCACGGUGAAUAUCCCAUUGACCUUCGUCAGGGACUACCUUACUACUACACAGUCUCACUUGGAUUGGGAGCUUCGUCUCUCGGAGGGGAAAAAGAAAUGGUCUGCGAGGUGUACCUUUCAUUCGCGGAAUGCCAAAAUUUAUCGUGGUUGGAAGGAGUUCGUGGUCGAAAACAACUUAGUAACUGGUGAUGUUUGUGUCUUCGAACUGGUCAUGGGAGCUAAAAUCUUCAACGUUACUGUAUACAGAAGAUGUUGAAGAACGUUCAGCAAAGUUAUGUCCACCGCAUCCCGAUCCUGCCAUGUUUAUACGGAGCUUUAGUGGUUGACUUGCGAAGUCUUUUGUAUGAUGUUAGUUUGCUCUUGGCAUUUUUUUUUUUGAAGUACUUUAGUUUUGCUCGCAUGCAUGGCAUCAUCUGAUAUGCCUUUUGGUAAUAGUUUGUAGGAUUAUUGAAUGAAAGACCGAGUAUUGUUCUGGUAUCAGAUUGCAACAUUUCUGGCU